CAAAAAUUUAUCCUCGAGAAAUCAGUGAAAUGUAUACGUUGUUUGCUGAAUCGGUUUAAAAUAAUCUUUCCGGAUUAAAAACGCAAAGGUAGAUAGCUUCGGACUGUACAAAACAAGGAUAGAUUAACCUCUCUCGAUGCGCUGCAUUAUUGUGGCACUCGUUCCAAUGUGUAUAGAGCUCAAUAACCGCGUGGUAUAUUGAUGUUCUUCAAGAAUCGGUGUGAUCGAUUAAUGACGGCCUUUUGUGAUUAAUGACAGCUGACGCGAUUAAUGGCAGCUGACGCGAUCGAGCGGCGAAGUGGACGGACACGAGGCGCGACUCACGUGUGCGAGAUACUCUCGUUUUCUUGACAUUUUCUGUCAUCAAAUGAGACGACAAAAAUCAUUGAUAUCGUUGCGUCAUCAUUUACGAGCAAUCGUGCGUAAAUUGUUUGCGAUGCGCGAAUAUGAUACGGGUCAAUAAAAACACGUGUAGCGAGCUAGUAACUUAAAGUAGCGACGUGACUUACUUGUUACUACUCCUUGCGUCUCUUCUAUGUCCUACGUGUAUUAUGAGAGAAAAAAAAGGUAUAUCGCAAAAGUGUUAGCUAGAUUAGCUAGAUUAUCGCGGGGGAGAGGGGAGUAUCAAUUGAAAAAGUCAAUAAUUAAAGAAGAGAUAAUUUAGCAUGAUUGUGGGAUAACGGUAAAUUUGAUAAAGUGCCUUGUUUUGCAAGCUGAUCGUCUAAAUUGAACCAAAGAUUAUAUCUAAAAAUAUCUUCCAGAUCAUGGCAGAUAUAAAUAUCUUAGGAUGGGCAGAUUAUCUUGUUAUAGCAGUUAUGCUAUUCAUAAGUAUUGGAAUUGGUAUUUAUUAUAGAUUCAGUGGAGGACGUCAGAAAACUAUGGAGGAAUAUUUUAUUGCAAGUCGAUCAAUGAGCAUUAUACCUGUUGCUGUUGCUUUAGUGGUAUCUUUCAUGUCUGCUAUUACAUUGCUUGGUGUAUCCGCUGAGAAUUACACAUAUGGGACACAAUUUGUUGUAAUAAAUAUAUCAUAUUUAAUAGGCACUCCAUUUGUAUGCUAUGGAUUCUUACCAGUAUUCUUCAAAUUACAAGCAACCAGUGCCUAUGAGUACUUAGAAAAGCGUUUUGGAGUAAAAACUAGGAUGAUGGCUAGUUUUGUUUACUGGAUUCAACUACUUUUAUAUUCAGGAGUAGUACUUUAUGCUCCUUCUUUAGCGUUGGAAGCAACAACGGGAAUUUCUAAAACUGCCAGUAUUAUUAUUAUUGGUCUCGUCUGUGCUUUUUAUUCGAGUAUAGGCGGCAUUAAGGCUGUGCUGAUAACCGACGUAUUUCAAGCUUUACUUAUGUUUGCUGCGGUAUUUGUUAUUAUUGGCAUAGCCGCGACUGAGGUAGGAGGUUUAGAACAGAUAUGGGAAAUAGCGAAGCAGGGACAACGUAUCGAAUUUGAUAGCAUUUCUCCGGAUCCAACAGUAAGACAUACCUGGUGGUCUCUUAUCAUUGGUGGUUUAUGUACAUUCUUAUCGAUUUAUGGAGUGAACCAAGUACAAGUACAACGUUCGUUAACUGUAAAAAAUAUCCAGGCUGCACAAAAAGCUUUAUGGUUGUCUUGGCCUAUUCUGUCAAUUCUUUCGAUCACAACUUGUUUCUCAGGAUUAGCAAUAUAUAGUAAAUAUCAUAAUUGUGAUCCACUUCUCCAGAAAAGGAUUUCUUCACCUGAUAUGCUCAUGCCAUUAUAUGUCAUGGACACAAUGUCCACUCUACCUGGUUUGCCAGGUCUUUUUAUUGCAGGUAUUUUCAGUGCAGGACUCAGUACAAUUUCUGCAGCAUUAAAUUCUCUGGCAGCAGUAACAUUAGAAGAUUACAUGAAACCUAUAUAUAGAAAGUAUACAAGGAGAGAAUUUUCUCCUACAAGGUCAACCACCAUUGCUAAAAUACUUGCUUUUGUGUUUGGCAUUAUUUCUAUUGCUUUGGCAUUUUUAGCGCAGUUAUUAGGCGGAGUACUUCAAGCUGGCUUAACCAUUUUUGGAGUAGUCGGUGGUCCAUUAUUAGGUGUUUUCACACUUGGCAUGGGCACCGAAUCAGCGACAGAAGAAGGCGUAGUAAUAAGUACUCUCACGGCACUUACGUUUUUAUUUUGGAUGGCUUUCGGUCAACCGCGUCCAAUGCCACCUAUGUUACCAACGACUAUUAAAGGCUGUGAUAUGAAUAAUACGCUCACGAAUGCAACAGUAUUCGUUUCACAAAAUGUUACAAAUGUUUUCAACACUGGCGAUAGUUCCUACUUUUAUUUGUAUCGUAUUUCAUACAUGUGGUAUGCUCCUCUUGGAUUUUUAAUAACGUUUAUUCUUGGUCUAUUUAUCAGUGGCCUGUUUCGUUUGUUUAUCAAAGAUCAAAAUGAUAAAUUAGAUCCUAAUUUAUUCUUUCCUGUGAUAGCGCGACGUAUAUAUUAUAGGCGACGUAAAGAUAUAGCGAUCGAUGAUACAGCAAGUUAUGCAUUAGAAAGUAAAUAUUCUUUUAACAAUACGAUUCAGAAGAAUGACAGUGUAGUGGUAAAAGUAUAAAAAUUUAACAAUGCAUCAUUUACAAAGAUUAAUAGGUAUUAGACAUUCCAUAUCAGAAAAAUAUGCGAGAAAAUAACAUAGAAAUGAAAAGAUUACAUGAGAUAUUAUGAAGGGAUAUUUUUUAUUAUAUUUGUAAUAAAAAAAUAAGAUCUAUUGUGCAAAAGUAUAAGUAAUUCAGUAUGUGAGAGAAUUUUCAUAAAUGUGUAUUAAUCACAUUUAUUUCUAACAUAACACUUUUACAUAAAAUUAAAUAAUUUUGUGUAUUGCAACAAAUUUCUUCCAUGUUGCAUUUGCACUGCCGGUUUCUGCUGACUAUAAAUAUAAUUUUUAUAAGUACAAUUGCAUUAUACAGUGAAACAUAUCUGUUCGUCUGCUUGAAUUAUAAUAGCUUAGUUCUUUUUAUAUAUAUUUAUAAAUAUACUUAAAGGAGAAUUAGGGAAUUAGGGAAAUGUUGACAAUAUAUUAGAUAAUAGAAAGAAGGCUAUUUUUUUAAAACAUUAUAUAUGUAAUGGCGGCUGUAACUAACAAAAUUUCCGAAAGAAAAAAAAUAAAUUAUAUAUUUGAUGUGUGUUGUGUUUAAGU